CUGGCCUGACUCCAACACCACACCUCCUGCUGCUGUGGGCAUAACCAGGAAGUCACUCCCCCUCUCUCUGUCACACAGUUUCUGAGAAAUGAAACUUAACUCUGUCUCUGUCAGUGUGAGCAGUAAAAUGGCUGAGGCCAGUAUCUCAGUGGAUCAGGACCAGUUCAGCUGUGCGAUCUGUCUGGAUCUGCUGAAGGAUCCGGUGACUAUUCCCUGUGGACACAGUUUCUGUAUGGGUUGUAUUAAGGGCUGCUGGGAUCAGAAUGAUCAUCCUGGUGUCUUUAGUUGUCCCCAGUGCAGACAGACCUUCACUCCAAGGCCUGUUCUGGGCAGAAACACCAUGCUGGCUGAAGUGGUGGAGAAACUGAAGAAGACAGGACUCCAAACUGCUCCUCCUGCUCACUGUUACGCUGGACCUGGAGACGUGGCGUGUGAUGUCUGCACUGGAAGAAAACGCAAAGCUGUCAAGUCCUGUCUGGUGUGUCUGGCCUCUUACUGUGAAACUCACCUCCAGCCUCACUAUGAAUCUCCUGCCUUUAAGAAGCACAAACUGGUCGAAGCCACUGGAAACCUGCAGGAGAAGAUCUGCUCUCAUCAUGACAAACUGCUGGAGGUUUACUGUCGUACUGAUCACCAGUGUAUCUGUCUGCUGUGUGUGAUGGAUGAACACAGAGGCCAUGAUACAGUCUCAGCUGCAGCAGGAAGGACUGAGAAACAGAAGCAGCUGGGGGCGACACGGAAUAAAUUCCAGCAGAAAAUCCAGGAGAGAGAGAAGGAGCUGCAGGAUGUGAGACAGGCUGUGCAGUCACUCAAGCGCUCUGCACAGGCAGCAGUGGAGGACAGUGAGAGGAUCUUUACUGACCUGAUCCGCUCCAUUGAGAGAAGGCGCUCUGAGGUGAAAGAGCUGAUCAGAGAUCAGGAGAAGGCUGCAGUGAGUCGGACUGAAGGACUCCUGGAGCGACUGGAGCAGGAGAUUGCUGAGCUGAGGAGGAGAGAUGCUGAGCUGGAGCAGCUUUCACACACAGAGGAUCACAUCCAUUUCCUCCAGAGCUGUCAGCCUCUCUGUGUCCCUCCUGGACCUGAAGACUUGCCCAGCAUCACUGUCAGUCCACACAUCUCUUUUGAAGCUGUGAGAAAAUCUGUCUCUGAACUAAAAGAGCAACUGGAGGAUUUCUGCAAGGUGGAACUGGUCAAAAUUUCUGAAUCAGAAAGUCCAGUGAAAGAAGUCCAUGCUGUAGAGCCCAGGACCAGAGAUGAUUUCUUACAGUAUUGCUGUCGGCUCACUCUGGACCCCAACACAGCGCAUAAACGCCUCCGUCUGUCUGAGGGGAACAGAAAGGUGACCCGUGUGGAAGAGAUCCAGUCAUAUCCUGAUCAUCCAGAGAGAUUUGAGUACUGGGCCCAAGUGCUGUGCAGAGAGGGUCUGUCUGGACGCUGUUACUGGGAGGCUGAGUGGAGUGGGGAUGGGGUUGAUAUAGCAGUGUCAUAUAAAGAGAUCAGCAGGAAAGGGCGGGGUGUUGACUGUGUUCUGGGAUUUAAUAACAAGUCCUGGAGUCUGCGCCGUAAAGCCUCCGGUUACUCUUUCUGGCACAAUAAUAAGAGCACUGAAAUCCCUGGUGCCCCCUCCUCCAGGAUAGGAGUGUACCUGGAUCACAGGGCAGGAACUCUGUCCUUCUACAGCGCCUCUGACACAAUGACCCUCCUGCACAGAGUCCAGACCACAUUCACUCAGCCCCUCUAUCCUGGGUUUAGGGCUUGGGGAGUUGGAUCCUCUGUAAAACUGUGUGAUCUGGGAUGAGAGAGAGGGAAGACUGGCUGUAAUUAGAGGUAGAGAAUAACACUGCAGUGAGAUUGUGUUCAUCUUUUGUAUUUGUGAAAGGUGUAAGGUGCGAUUUUGACUACUCUAACCACCACAUUGAAUCUUUGUCUCUUCAUUCUGGACUAUUGUAAUUCCAUUGGCAUGCACUAGUGGAGCCAUUAGUAUCACAAGCUGUAAAUGGCAGCUGGAAGGACAACACAGCAGGGCCACAGCAACCUUCAAGACAUGGGACAGCAGUCUCACAACCUCCUUAGGGGAAAGAAGAGCGUGUGCGUGCACGUUUUUUGUGAUUUCUUUUUUUUUUUUCUCUGAAGUUUUGGUUGCCAUAUUGGCCAUUCGUUUGUUCUGGAAGAUUUCUUUUGUUUUGUGUUUUUGGGUGAAUAAAAGGGGGUAAGCCAGCACCUCUUGUUGUGUUUUCUGGUCUGUUCACCACAGGAGCAGAGGCCACCCCCAGCCCUUCCUCACAGCGUACACUACAUGGCCAAAAGUAUGUGGACUCCUGACAUCCAACAUCUCAUCCAAAAUUAUGGGCAUUGAUAUGGAGUUGGGUCCACCCUUCACGGCUAUAGCAGCCUCCACUCUUCAGGGAAGGCUUUAUAAUAGACGUUAGAACACUGCUGCAGGGAUCUGCUUCCAUUCAGCCAGAAGAGCAUUAGUGAGGCUGGGCACUGAUUGGUCGAUUAGGCUUGGUUUGCUGUUGCCUUUCCAACUGAUCCAAAAGUUGCUGUACCCUUGAGCAAGGUACUUAACCUGCAUUGCUGCAGUGUAUAUUCAGCUGUAUAAAUGACUGGAUAUAUACUGGAUAUACCCAGUGUUACCCAAUAAAUGGAUGCAAUGUAACUGCUAUGUAAUAAAUAAAAAAUACGCUCUGAAUAAGAGCAUCUGCUAAAUGCUUAUAUAUAACAAAUUCCAAAUAUAUACCUUCAAGAACAAAAUUAUGUUUCUGAGGCAAUCCCAACAAUCUUCACAAUUUCAAUCUUAACUCAGAUAUUCAUGCACAUACGACAUAAGGCAUUCCUUUCCUAUAGAAAGCAAAUUGUUUACAUUAUUUUCCCCCUCCCUAACAACAUCCAAACACAGGUAUGAGUUCUUUAUUAAAUCUUUCAAUGUAACAGCAGUAUUUUCUCCCUCUUUCCCUUACCUGUUCUCAUUUCAAAUUUCACAAUUAGUUGUUUUUCUUAUUACUGCUACUAUUUUUUUUUUUUAAUUAAAAUUUAAUACAAUCCUUUUUGGUUCUUCAAUUAUGGCGAUGUUAUUUUCUUAUGGUGAGGUUCUAGUAUAAACCCCAUAAGCUUUCCAAACUCUCCAGUACUUUUGAUUCUGUAAAUUACUUUUGUGCAUUUGUUCUUUCUUUGUGCAAACUCUCCAGCACUGUUGAUUCUGUAAAUUACUUUUGUGCACUUUUGCGCAUUUGUUCUUUCUUUGUGCAAAUAAUAAAUAGAUCACAGCUUUAAAUCCUACAUGUAAAAUAUAUGUAUUUAUUUAAGAACUUCGAUGAGCUUGGAGUUUCUCGGUGGCACAAUUCAUGGUGCUUGGCCGAAGUCGCGUAGUUUCUCAAAGACAAAUACAGACUAACGUUACCCCAACAAUGUAAAUCAAGAAAUAAUGCGAGUUAGGGUUAAAACAACCUUCUCUCGUUCUCCUCCAGUUGUUCAAGAUUUUUAAGUAAAAGGGGAAUCCCCUUCCGUGCAAACUCCUGCUCCCCUGCAACCAUAAAAAGCACUGCUAGCUAACCCCUCAAUGUUAUUUUCUUCAUAGUUUCACGUUUUUUUUUUUUUGUUUUUUUUUGUUUUUUUCCAAAAACUGUCCCAGUUCCAACUGGUCAGGGUUUUGUCAAGUCAGGCAAGCCAACUGCCCAGGGACCUCCACUCGAACACGCCCCCAGCUAUAAAGCCUGCUACCGCCAGCGGUUUUAGGUCGGUCUCGGUCAGUCUGGUGGUCUUGAUAUUCAGGUUGUCCUGGUUUUGCGGCAUUGCUGGGAAGGGUGGGCGUGUCUCCUGUUCUGCUCACUUCCCCGUGCUGCGGCUUCAGGUGGGACUUCAGGUGGAGCAGGACCACAUUCCUCCACUUCAGUGAGCCUGACGAUGAGUGCAGAGGGUGUCCUCACUUGGAAGCUGUCAUGGGACAAGUAAUGACUCAUGUGGCCAACGCCUCUGGGGGACCCCUGCGAGUGUACUACAGCACUGACAAGAUGACUCUGGAGGAGAUCGAGGUCGUCUACGGGACUAAAGCUGGUGGCUCCAAGUCUGAGGGUCUGAGCUUCUCAGCGUCUGCAGAAACCAGGAUGCGAAUGAAACGCGACACCCGCAUCCGCUACAUACGCAUCCCGACCUGGGACUUCGGCAAGAUCCUGAGUGAGGGAAACAUCUAUGUCACCGUGUUCGUGGAGAACCGCUCCUAUGACGAUGAUGACUGCGGGAUGAUCUCCGAGAACUUCUUCAUCCCCAGCGACAGGUCCUUCAUCGUCGCUGCAAACCACAACAUCAAGUUCCAGAAGUAUGCAGCCAGCAUUUGGGAGGACGAGCAAGGCUACAACCACAGGAAAUAGCAUUCCGCAGGCCGUCACCAAAUGGCUUCAUUUUAAAUUUGAAGAAUGGUGUAAAUGUUUUAAAAACCUUUCGAGAAGUUAAAAAACAAAUAAAUUCAGUUUAAUU